AUUCUAUCAAACAGCGUGCACAAUCACAACUCUUCCUCUGCAUCCACACACACUUGAGCCCCACCCGUGCCGCCGCCCCGCAUCCCUUAGCGCUGCCGCUGCCGCUGCCGCUGCCGCCGCCCAUGUCCGCCGCCCCGCCCCGCCGCGUGGUCAUCUGCGGCGGCGGCGUGGUGGGCGCGUGCACGGCCUACUUCCUCGCCACCCACGCCGCGUCCCCCACCGUCCCGACGCUCGUCGAGAGGUGCGCCCCGGCGUGCGCCGCCUCGGGGAAAGCCGGCGGCUUCCUGGCGCUGGACUGGUGCGACUCCACCCCGGCGCUCUCCAGGCUCGCGCGGGCCUCCUUCGCGCUGCACCGCCGCCUGGCCGACGCCCUCGGCGGCGCCGACGCCUACGGCUUCCGCCCCGUCCACACCCUCUCCGUCCUGCUCCCCCCGCACCCCGCCGCCUCCUCCUCGCCGCCGCACCCGCUGCUCCCGCCCUGGGUCGACCCCUCCGCGUCCGCCGCCCCGCCGAGGGAGCUCGGGACCCCCGACACCACCGCGCAGGUCCACCCGGGCCUCUUCACCAAGGCCGUCCUCGCCGCGUCGGGAGCCGAGGUCGUCAUCGGCGAGGUGGAGCGCGUCGCCGUGGCCUGGGACGGCCGCGUCGCCGGCGUCGUGGUCAAGGGGCGCGACGGCGUGCUGGACGCCGACGCCGUCGUGCUCGCGCUCGGCCCGUGGUCCGGCCGCCUCGAGGUGGUCAGCGAGGUGUUCGACGUGUCCGGGCUCAAGGCGCACAGCAUCGUGCUCCGGCCGCGCGAGCCCGAGAAGGUCACGCCGCACUGCCUCUUCCUCAGCUACCAGCCGGAGCCCGGCGCCAAGAUGCUCGACCCCGAGGUGUACCCGCGGCCCACCGGGGAGGUGUACAUAUGUGGGAUGAGCAAGGACGAGAACCCGCCAGAUGACCCAGCAACGAUAACAGGCGAGCCAGACUCGAUUGCAAUGCUGCAUAAGAUCGCAGGGAAAGUGUCCAGCCAGCUGAAGAAGGAGGAGGGCGCUGAGGUGGUCGCGGAGCAGGCGUGCUACCUGCCGUGCACCGCCGACGGGCUGCCGGUCAUCGGGGAGAUACCAGGCGUGAAGGGGUGCUAUGUGGCCACGGGCCACAGCUGCUGGGGUAUCCUCAAUGGUCCGGCCACCGGCGCAGCCCUCGCCGAGCUCAUCCUUGACGGCAAGGCCAAGAUCGUUGAUCUCGAACCUUUCAGCCCGGCAAGGUUUCUCAAGAGAAGGAGCAGGCGUGGAGUCUGACAGUGUGAAUGUUCAGAUUCAAGCUCGCUACUGAAUAAAACACUCUUGACGGACAACUUGCCAACACCCAUGAUCAGAUUCAGAUGUUCAUUUAGCUGAGGUUGAGCUCGACAAGCUGUUGCAUCUGCAGCUAUUCUACGUACACCAUGUCUACGCAAUGUUUCCUUGUGGUCAAGUGACACAAGUAACCUUAUAAAAAAGGUAUUUUCACUGUUCUAAAUCUAAAGUACAAGACGUUUUAUCAUUUCUUACAAAAGUAUUUACUUUCUUAACUUUAAAUUGUAAGAUAUUUCUAGAUUCGUCGCUUUUGUUGUGUAUCUCGAUACAACAUAUAUUUAGGUGCAUCGUGCGUAGUAAAAAACUAAAAACUAUAAAUCUAGAAAUGCUAUAAUAUCUUGUAAUUUAGAAUAAAGUGGGCAAAAAAGGUGACACUAUACUGCAGAUGUGAAAGCUUCAAUCAAUUUUGCACUACCAACUGAUAGCAAAGCAAUUUAAUGAAUAUCCAAUUUGUGUACACCCAACAACAUAGCUCUGUAUAAAGGAAACCAACAUCCCUAUUCCACGUAAGGCCUUGUUUGACUAUUUUAAUUACAUGUGAAUUGGAAUGUAUUAGGAUACCAUAUGGAUUAUUGUUCAAAGCUUGUUCAAAUCAUCCUUAACCCAUGUGGAUUGGGUGGUAUUGAGCCAAUUUAAAUCCAUAAAGUGAAAAUCCAUCUCAAUCCAUUCUAAUCGACAUGUAAUUGGAAUAACCGAACAAAGUCUAAGUCCUUGUUCGUUUUGCUCUCAAUCCAUGUGGGUUAGGAUGGAAUUGAGUAGGUUUUAAUCCCAAAUAAGUCAAAAUCUUUCAUAAUUUUUUUCAAUCCCAUCCAUAACCGAACAAGGUCUAAUCAGGAUGAUUCAGACGGUUGAAAACAUUAUGUAAAACCUUUCCCAAGAACGCUAACAAUAAUCUUAUUCGUGAGGCAUAAUCAAGCAUGAGAAGUGAAACAGUGUGCACAAAUAUUAGAUCUGCAAGCAGUGCAGACGCUGGAUCAAUCAACCUUCGUUAAAUUCAGUAGAUGGGAUUGUGAUCCCGUACAAGUCUGCAAGGUAAUUUGCUUCCACCCAAAAAAAAAUGUCGCACUGUUUCUGACAACACAGUCUAGCUAGAGUUACGGUAGUUUUCAUUAAGUCAUGGUGAGUCCUCCUGGCCUGGAUGUUUGAGUCCAAGUACAAAGUGAGAACUCUCUGCUUCCUUUCUUUCCCUAGCACAAACUUAGUAGAUAGCAGGCACAACUCCGCUAAGAGCUUAUCGAACUUUACUUGUAGAGUGAGACCUGUGCUCGAUAUGGUUCAUUUCAGUGCUCUUUCUCUCCGUAUGGUUCACCACAUGCCUGUGAUCUCUCUCAAGCUAGGUAUCAUAGAAGUCCGUCAUGGAAUUGAAGUGGUAGAGUGCCUUCCUUUCCCAGCUUCUGCUCGGUGACAUCUACCAGCUUCCAGACACAGUAGCUCAGCCUGAGUGUUAACGGACUCGAGCAAGAAGAUGCCAUCCUUCAGCAAGUUCUGCUUCGGCAUAAGCUGUUUGCAAGUUGCUCUCGCCCACCUCUGCUUCAGAUGGUUCUGAAGAACUGGCUGCCUCCGUACCCCCACCAGCAGGUGCGCCUGAAUCCGUUUCUUCCUGCUGUGCCUGCGCAGUGCUAGGCGGGGAACCAGGUGGCGGGUUCUGUUCUGCCAGACUAAGACGAAGCGACCUCCCUUCCAGCUCCUGCAUUGCCGUUCCAUAACCAUGUUAGCCACUGCAACAGUAAGGUCAAUGGGACUCAAGUGAUAUGAACUAUGAAGGUAUACACUCAAGUAAAUCGCAAUUCAUGUAUUCACAUUGACGAAGUGCAAUUAGCAUCUAUAUUAGCUACCUUGUGUGCUCUAAUUUGUUGAUUCAGUUUGAAGUGCCCA